UUUUCCCAUCCGCUUGACUUGACAGCACUGGACUGGCGCAGUGCAAAAAAAUAUUGCUGUGAUUCUUUAUUUUCUUUUCUGUCCAAUAUUUGCUUUAAUGGGAAAGAGCUCAUAACGCACUCUAAGAUUUUGUUUAAUUGUGAUUUUAUAACAUGCUUUGUUGUCCAGUUAGAACUGUAACGUAAAUAUGAAUUGUUCAAAUAUCAGUUUUAUUGUCAACACUUGUCUAAAAUUAGAUCCUGGGCUAAGGCAAAAAAUAUUAGGUAACUGGUUUAGAGACCAUAAAUCGGAAAAUCGAUGUCAAUUUCGUUAUUUGGCAGUAAAUCCUCGGUAUUUUCAUUCAGCGUCCAUUGUUUCGCAGACGCACAAAGACGGAAUUACUGUACUUCCAUCUCCUCAAGAAGUCACUCAUAUUCUGCGAAAAAAUGAGUUCAACAAAGACUUCACAACAGGUUCAGUCAAAGCAUAUGAUUCAAAUCAGCUGGCAUCAAACACUCCUAUAGAAGACACACGCAGUGAAGCACAAUGUAAGCUGACAUCAGGUCUGUUGAUGGGAGUGUACGACGGUCACGGCGGGCCGGCCUGCGCUCAGGUGAUUUCGAAGAGGCUGCUCAAUUAUAUCGCUGCGGCGCUUCUGCCCAAUGAUGUUCUCAAGAAAUAUGUCAAUGAACCAUCAAGAGAGUGUCUCAUCGAAACUUAUAAUGAUAGGGUCGAACUGAUAGAAGAUUUGAAAGUAGUUUAUGAAAAGAGCUUUGACAAACAUUUAAAGCAAUUAUCACUUGAAACAUCAGAUAAGAAGGACGUCGGUGCUUCUUUAGAACAAGCUAUUCUGCAGCUAGAUGAAGAUCUGUCGAAGGAAGUAUUAGAACCAUUCUUGAGAGAUGGACAACUAAAUCAGAAGACACUGUCUGUGGCCAUGUCUGGGGCGGUGACUUGCGUGACUCACAUUGACGGACCGCAUCUACACGUGGCCAAUGUAGGCGAUUGCAAUGCAGUUCUGGGCACUAUGACUGAAGACAACCAGUGGUUUGCUAAGAAAAUUACUAAAGAACACAACUCUGAGAAUUUGGACGAGCUCAAAAGAAUAUGGAAUGAGCAUCCUGAGAGUGAAAGACAAACGGUGAUAAGACGAGAUCGACUUUUAGGGGAGUUAGCUCCUCUACGUAGUAUGGGGGAUUACCGGUACAAAUGGAGUAAGCAGAUACUGUCUGACGUCGCAGUACCGUUGCUUGGUAAAAAGGCCAUCCCCGCUAACUAUCACACCCCGCCGUACUUGUCGGCCAAACCCGACAUUUAUUACCACAGGUUGACGCCCAAGGAUAAAUUCCUGAUAGUAGCGUCCGAUGGCCUGUGGGACAUGAUUACCCCACUGCAGUCUGUGAAGCUAGUCGGCGAACACAUGAAAGGGAAAGUGUUCUUUAAUCCUCUGAAGUUGCCCCGGAAGAAUAUUCAGUUGGGUGAUAUAAAUGAAUUGUUGCUUCAUAGGAAGGAAAGUCUAAAGAGUAAGCCAAAGGAUCGAAAUGCAGCUACGCAUUUAAUAAGACACGCUAUCGGCGGCACCGAGUACGGCGUGGACCACGCGCGGUUGGCGCAUUUGCUCAGUCUGUCGCCAGAUGUCUCUCGAAUGUUCCGAGAUGAUAUGACAGUCACCGUUGUGUAUUUCGACUCAGAGUUCUUGCGACAAUACCCUGCGUAAGACAUCUCCAUUAAAACUUCGAAUUGAGAGUGAGCGUAGAGGCACACGCUCACUCUCAAUAUUUAGCCUGUGUGCAACUAAUUAAAUGUUGUGGUGUGUUAAUUUAUUCAUUCAUUAUUUAUUUUCGAUUGUUGUAUAUAUUUAUUAUUGUGAUGUGAUGAAAUUGUUAGGUAGGUAACUAAUAUCAAUAAUGAUUAAUUAUAAAAAAUUAUAGUGAAUAUCUAAUACUAUGUGUAAAUAAAUUGUUCAAGAAGUA